ACACGUUUAAUCUGCAACCUUUGACUUAUACAUCCCAGAAGAUCAGUUCGCUUCAUUGCAGCAUCGCCAUGGCUAAUAAUAUUUCUCCAGGGAGCUUUUCUCUGUUUUCGUUACUGCUUAUGAUUGUUCUGUCCAUAUCAUCAUCUGGGUCUCGCGUUCAUGCUUUCUCAAUAGAAGAAGCAACCAUAAAAGAUAUCCAACACGCUUUCAAACAUAGCCGACUCACCUCUAGGAAACUUGUUGAGUUCUACAUCCAAGAAAUCAGCAAACUAAACCCUGUCCUUAGAGGAGUUAUAGAGGUGAACCCUGAUGCAUUGUACCAAGCUGAUGUGGCUGACAAAGAGCGGAGGGCUAGAGCUCGUGGUUCGUUGUCCUGCUUACAUGGUAUUCCCAUUCUGUUGAAGGAUAACAUUGCAACAAAGGACAAGCUGAACACCACUGCUGGUUCGAUUGCAUUGCUUGGCUCUGUAGUGCCCAGAGAUGCAGGGGUGGUGAAGAAAUUGAGGAAAGCUGGGGCAAUCAUUCUGGGGAAGGCUAGCAUGAGCGAAUGGGCUGGUUUCAGGUCGACGACGGCCCCCAACGGCUGGAGUGCCAGAGGAGGCCAGGGGAAGAAUCCCUAUGUUUUAACAGCAGAUCCCUGUGGGUCAAGUAGUGGAUCAGCAAUAUCUGUGGCUUCAAAUAUAGUGGCAGUGUCACUAGGGACUGAGACUGAUGGCUCCAUCCUGUGUCCAGCCAGUGCUAACUCAGUGGUGGGCAUCAAACCAACAGUUGGUCUCACCAGCCGUGCUGGGGUCAUCCCAGUCUCUCAUAGACAGGACACAAUUGGGCCUAUCUGCAGGACGGUAUCGGAUGCUGUUUAUGUUCUUGAUGCUAUUGCAGGCUUGGAUUACAAUGAUAAAGCAACCAGGAAAGCGUCACGCCACAUUCCAUACGGUGGCUACAGACAAUUCCUCAAACCCCAUUGGCUGAAAGGAAAGAGAUUGGGAAUAGUUAGAAACCCUUUCUUUGAUUUUUCCAAUGGAUCUGCCUUGACUCAGGCUUUUGAAUCCCAUUUCAACACACUAAGGUUGCGUUUUGGUAGAUAAUCUGGAAAUAGCCAAUGUUGAUGUUAUCUUAGACUUUACCGCGAGUGGUGAAGCCAUAGCAUUGUUAGCUGAGUUCAAAUUGUCCUUGGAUGCAUACCUUAAAGAGCUUGUGUCUUCCCCAGUGCGAUCAUUGGCAGAUGUUAUAGCUUUCAACCAAAACUUCUCUGAUUUGGUGAGAGUGUAGAUCAUAAAGAGCUUUUCCAGAU